GGUAACCUGAGGGUCUUGUCACCUGGCCGGUUCCUCCUUUCUCCUCCUCAUGAUUACAUUCCUGAGGACAAAGAGGAGUUCACUGUUUCCUGCCCCCAAAGGGAAGGGAUGGUCAGUGUCCUUUGUUUCAGUCCGUGCUGAAUCCACUUCCAUAGGCGGGUCCUUUGUGAGUGGAAUGAUCUUCUGUCCAGGACCAUCAAGGUUGGCAUGCCAACUGGGUAGGGCCAGCUGUGGGCUUGGGGGAUUAUGGCUGCCUUGUGUCAAGUCUUUCCCCUUUGAUAGUCCUUCCUAGGACCCUCGUACCUCCGGGACCGCCUCUCCUGGUAUGUCCCACAGAGGAACUUACGGUCUUCAAAUAAAAACAUCCUGAAGGUCCCAGGCCACAGAGAAGUUAGGCUGGCCUCAACUAGAGCCAGGGCUUUUUCGGCUGUGGCCCCAAUCUGGUGGAACGCUCUGUCCCAAGAGACUAGGGCCCUGCAGGACUUGACAUCUUUCCGCAGGGCCUGCAAGAUGGAGCUGUUCUGCCAGGCCUUUGGUCGGGGUUCAGUCUGACUCCCUCUCCCCUUUCAUAAGAACUUGCAUGAAAGUGGCCUCCCAAUUUUUCUCACAGGCCCAUAUAAGUUCAGCACAAACAGUUGGGCCUGGUGAGCAUUUAAGGUUCCCAACCCUAACCUGCGGGUUGCCAUCCGAUUGGAUUUUAUUCUGAUCCUGAUCUGAUUUCAGGAUGUAUUUUAAUUGAUUGUCUGAUUUUAUGUUAAUGUGCUAUACAUUUGAUGUUAGCUGCUCUGAGCGCAGCUUCGGCUGGGGAGGACGGGAUAUUAUUAAAUAUUUAAAAUUAUUAUUAUUAUUAUUAUUAUUAUUAUUAUUAUUAUUCCUUCAUGGUGUAAAAUAAAAGUGGAAUGGUAUGGAACCGAUGUAUGGCUGAUUUUCUAUGAAUUUAUAACAGAGGCGCCGCGUAUGUUGUGUGUGAGUGUGUGUGUGUCGUGUUUGUACAAACUGAAUGAUUGGGGGGGGGGCGUGUUUCCUGCAACCCUUUUGAGCAAGGGCUGUGGAAUCCUCUAGGGCAGAGGGCAAGAAUUUCCUCCUCCUCCUUCUGAAGGUCAACUGCUCUUCACUGCAGGGCUGUUUUUCCAGGAAGAUAAUAAUAAUAAUAAUAAUAAUAAUAAUAAUAAUAAUAAUAAUAAUUUAUUUAUAUCCCGCCCUCCCCAGCCAAAGCCAGGCUCAGGGCGAUGAAGAUGAUGAAGAUGAAGAUGAAGAAGAGGAAGAGGAAGAGGAAGAGGAAGAAGAAGAAGACGCCUCUGUCUCCCCUGAGAGUAAGUAGCUGAGAUGGGCUCACUUGACAAAAAGCAUGUCUUCUCCCAGCCGGCUGUUGCAAUGGGCACGUGGCUGAAAUUAGUUCUUCCCCAAGCGAGAUUGCUUCCUUGCAGGGCUCCGACACCAUCAUUUGCAUUCAGGCAAGGAAGGGACGGGAGGCUUUGCAUUCCGCUCAUCAGCAUCCGGAUGCUGGCCAAGGACACAGGCAGCCAUCUCCUAGGUGGGGCCUGCCGGGGAGACAAGCCACAGCAACAGCGGGCUGGCUGGCUGGGCUUUCACCCUCAUGAUGGAGAUCCCUUCAGACCUACAGAGAAAGGGAACCUUGCGGGGGGGGGCGAUCAGUCACCUGCAACCCUUCAAAGCACCUGGCCCCACCCUGUAUGUAGGAACAUCGGAAGGGCCUGCUCGACGAGGCCAGGAUAAGGCAUCCUGAUCCUGCAGUGGCAAAAGACCACAGGAAUCUUGAUAGACUGCCUCUGGACCUGGAGGUUCUGUAAGGACACCAGAAGAGCCAGCUGGAUUGGGCCAAUGGCCCCUUUACACCAGCUUCCUGCCCUCACAGUUGUUGAGCAGAACUUGGCCCCACUGCAGCACCUUGCCAGGUUGGUGGGUCUCUUCGCAGGUUCUGGCCAGGUUUGAAAUGCCAAAGAGGAAACUCCUGGCCUGGAGAUAAAGCAGCGAUGAAGGAAGAAGAGACCUCACUUGCUUGUGCUGAGGAGCAGAAGGGCCAUAGCUCAGGGGUAGAGUGUCUGCCUUGGAAGCAGAAGGUUUCAGGUUCAGUCCCUGCUGGUGUCAUCUCUAGGUAGGGCUGAGAGAGACAGGGAAAGUGGAAGUGGGAGAACAGUUCUACUGACAGGAGCCUAUCUAGGCAUUUGUGCAUCAUAUGAGGAAUCAUAGAAGUGUAGAGCUGGAAGGGAUCCCAAGGGUCAUCUAGUCCAACCCCCUGCAGUGCAGGAAUCACAGCUCAAGGACCCCUGACAGAUGGACAUCCAGGCUCUGCUUAACAACCUCCUGCAAACCUUAAAAUUGUAGUUCUGUAGGAGGAUCUGCAGCCAAAUCACAGAUUGCAUGAUUGCUAGAUAAUCACAGACAGGGGACUCUAUGAUGUCAUCUCCUCUGAACUGGGAUCAAUGCAACUUAAUCUGACCUUCUUCCUGUCACUCACACUCUGUGUCUUACCUGCAACGGGGCAGGGUGCCAGUGAGUUCUCCUCCAGAAAGCACACUCCAUUUUGAACUGGACUGUGGACUUGCAGAGUUUAUUGGCUGCCUGAUUUUCAACACUGCAGCUGAUGAAUCCUGGCAAGACUUUUGAUGUGAGUAAACCUUGCAUUUUCUUGUUUUACUUAAAAAGCCUGAGAGUGAUUUCUUCGUUCAGAGGGAAACAUAAAGAGGAGAAGAUAGCCCAGGUCCAUUGCGGUUAGUAAUAUGGUGCACUUGGAAGCCAUGGGGUGAAUAAAAACUGACUCCUUGAAAUAAAAAUUGUCCAGUCCAAAAAUAUGGUUCAAAAGCUUUACUAACAGAACUUACUUCAAAACAAGCAUAAACCAAAUAAUGUUACAUCCAGAUUGAUGCAUAUCAUGUGCUGGUCCCAGCACAGCUAGAACCUCUUAGAAAUAUGAGAUAACUUCAUCCAGAGCUGAAAUUAAAGUGCUGUCUCACCAAACAAUCUCCAUUAGCCUGAGGCUGAUCUCCUUAGAGAGAGAGUUUUGCAGACUUUUCUCUUUGGUUGCUUUCAGAGCAAAGAACAAACUCACACACCCAAAAUGGAGACUUGGAACUGAAUACCUCAUGUGAUCUAAGUUAAACACCUCUUGAGAGCUAGCAGAGAUACCUUCUCAGCUAAUUGUUGAACUGUUAGGCUCUCUGAGAGCUUCUCUUUAACUCAGUGGAAAUUCCAUGUCAUACUGUUUUUAGCAGUACACAUACAGACCCAUACAGAAUUAUUUUUCCAUUUCAAUGUACAAUUAAUUAAACAAUCAUACUCAACAAAGUCUGCCUAAGUCUUUUUCGUUCAGCCGCCAAGGAGCAGCCAUGGCGGAGCCAAAGGUAUUGGUGAUGGAUGGACGUGGCCACCUGCUGGGUCAUUUGGCUGCCAUUGUGGCUGAGCAAGUCUUGCUGGGGCGCAAAGUGGUAGUCGUGCGAUGUGAAGGGAUCAACAUAUCCGGCAACUUCUACUGUAACAAACGGAAGUACCUUGCUUUCCUGCGUAAGCGUAUGAACACCAACCUGUCCCGUGGUCCUUACCACUUCCGUGCCUCUAGCUGGAUCGUCUGGAGGACAGUGCGAGGAAUGCUCCCACGCAAGACCAGAUGGGGUCAGGCUGCCUUGGAGAGGCUGAAGGUCUUUGAUGGCAUCCCUCCUCCUUAUGAUAAGCACAAGAGGAUGGUGGUCCCUGCAGCUCUGAAAGUGGUCCGCCUCAAGCCCACACGCAAGUUUGCCUAUUUGGGUCACCUUGCCCAUGAGGUUGGGUGGAAGUACCAAGCCAUCUCAGCUACCCUGGAGGAGAAGGCAAAGGCCAAGAUUCAUUACACAAAGAAGAAUGUGUACAAUAGAAGAAUGUGUACAUAGAAGGAUGUGUACAAAAAAUGGAAAAGGGGGGAAACCACCAAAGAGGAAUUCAAACAAAUAGCCAGCACGUGUAGACACAAAGUCAGAAAAGCUAAAGCACAGAAUGAACUCAGGCUUGCUAGAGAGGUUAAAAGCAACAAAAAAGGCUUUUAUGGGUAUGUUCGUAGCAAAAGGAAGAACAAAGAAACAGUGGGGUCACUCAGAGGAGAAGAUGGUGAAAUGCAAACAGGGGACACAGAAAGGGCUGAACUCCUCAAUGCCUUCUUUGCCUCAGUCUUCGCCGAUAAAGAAAACAAUGCCCGACCUGAAGAAUUUGGAGCAAAUGAUUCAGCAGAGGAAACACAGCCCAGAAUAACUAAGGAGAUAGUACAAGAAUACUUGGCUAGUUUAGAUGUAUUCAAGUCUCCAGGGCCAGAUGAACUGCAUCCAAGAGUAUUAAAAGAACUGGCAGAUGUGAUCUCAGAACCACUGGCAGUCAUCUUUGAGAAUUCCUGGAGAACAGGCGAAGUCCCGGCAGACUGGAGGAGGGCAAAUGUUGUCCCUAUUUUCAAAAAGGGGGAAAGAGAGGAAAUGUAAAGAAACUGAAGGUACAUUUUUUCACCUUUGGUGGACGUGCCCAAAGAUUAAGGUUUUCUGGGAAAUGAUAUAUAAUGAAUUAAAAAAGGUAUUUAAGUAUACCUUCCCCAAGAAACCAGAGGCCUUUCUCCUGGGCAUAGUGGGCCAAAUGGUGUUAAAAAAGGAUAGAACUUUCUUUAUGUAUGCAACAACAGCAGCAAGAAUACUCAUCGCAAAGUAUUGGAAGACGCAAGAACUUCCACCGCUGGAGGAAUGGCAGAUGAAACUUAUGGACUAUAUGGAAUUGGCGGAAAUGACUGGCAGAAUCCGUGACCAGGGAGAAGAGUCGAUGGAGGAAGAUUGGAAGAAAUUCAAAGACUAUCUUCAGAAACACUGCAAAAUUAAGGAAUGUUAGAGUGAUGUUGGAUUGAAAAUAAGUGGUUUCCAGCUGUACAGGUUAAAGCUAAGGAUAGAUUAAGAUUAAAGAUUAAGAUUAAAGAUGUUUAAAGAAAUGGAAAUUUGAUAAUAAAAGGGAAAAAUUUAAAGGUAUAUGACAUUAAGAACAAGGAUUAUGUUUAAAAAGCUGAAGCUAUAUAGUUUAAUAUUUCAUUAAAUUAAAGAUUGGGUUUAAAAAGUGGAAAAGAAACUGCUGGACAAAUAAUGUAGAUUGGAAUACAAAAGAGGGAGGUAUGAGGAAGUCCAGAAAAUAAGUAAUUCAAAAUUGGGAAUGUAAAAGAGAGUUUGUUUUAAAUUGUUAUGUUGUGUGUUUCUAUUGUUAAAUUUUGUAUUUUUUUUUGUGUGUUGCUUUUUCUUUUUUCUUUGUUUAAAACUUUAAUAAAAAUUAUUUUUUUAAAAAAAAAAAAAAGGGGGGGAAAGAGAGGACCCAAAUAAUUACCGCCCAGUCAGUCUGACAUCAAUACCAGGGAAGAUUCUGGAGCAGAUCAUUAAGCAAACAGUCUGUGAGCACCUAGAAAGGAAUGCUGUGAUCACCAAUAGUCAGCAUGGAUUUCUGAAAAAUAAGUCAUGUCAGACUAACCUGAUCUUGUUUUUUGACAGAAUUACAAGCCUGGUAGAUGAAGGGAACGCAGUGGAUGUAGCCUACCUUGAUUUCAGCAAGGCAUUUGACAAGGUGCCCCAUGAUAUUCUUGUAAAGAAGCUGGUAAAAUGCGGUCUUGACUAUGCUACCACUCAGUGGAUUUGUAACUGGCUGACUGACCGAACCCAAAGGGUGCUCAUCAAUGGUUCCUCUUCAUCCUGGAGAAGAGUGACUAGUGGGGUGCCACAGGGUUCUGUCUUGGGCCCGGUCUUAUUCAACAUCUUUAUCAACGACUUGGAUGAUGGACUCAAGGGCAUCCUGAUCAAAUUUGCAGAUGACACCAAACUGGGAGGGGUGGCUAACACCCCAGAGGACAGGAUCACACUUCAAAACGACCUUGACAGAUUAGAGAACUGGGCCAAAACAAACAAGAUGAAUUUUAACAGGGAGAAAUGUAAAGUAUUGCACUUGGGCAAAAAAAUGAGAGGCACAAAUACAAGAUGGGGACACCUGGCUUGAGAGCAGUACAUGUGAAAAGGAUCUAGGAGUCUUGGUUGACCAAAAACUUGACAUGAGCCAACAGUGUGACGCGGCAGCUAAAAAGCCAAUGCAAUUCUGGGCUGCAUCAAUAGGAGUAUAGCAUCUAGAUCAAGGGAAGUAAUAGUGCCACUGUCUUCUGCUCUGGUCAGACCUCACCUGGAGUACUGUGUCCAGUUCUGGGCACCACAGUUCAAGAAGGACACUGACAAACUGGAACGUGUCCAGAGGAGGGCAACCAAAAUGGUCAAAGGCCUGGAAACGAUGCCUUAUGAGGAAAGGCUAAGGGAGCUGGGCAUGUUUAGCCUGGAGAAGAGGAGGUUAAGGGGUGAUAUGAUAGCCAUGUUCAAAUAUAUAAAAGGAUGUCACAUAGAUGAGGGAGAAAGGUUGUUUUCUGCUGCUCCAGAGAAGCGGACACGGAGCAAUGGAUCCAAACUACAAGAAAGAAGAUUCCACCUAAACAUUAGGAAGAACUUCCUGACAGUAAGAGCUGUUUGACAGUGGAAUUUGCUGCCAAGGAGUGUGGUGGAGUCUCCUUCUUUGGAGGUCUUUAAGCAGAGGCUUGACAACCAUAUGUCAGGAGUGCUCUGAUGGUGUUUCCUGCUUGGCAGGGGGUUGGACUCGAUGGCCCUUGUGGUCUCUUCCAACUCUAUGAUUCUAUGAUUCUAUGAUUCUAUGAUUCUAAGAAGCAACUGAAGAAACUCCAAAAGCAGGCAGAGAAAAAUGUGGAGGGCAAGACUGCAGAAUAUACAGACAUCUUGAAGCAUUACGGCAUUCCGGUUUAAAUAAAACUAUUCACAAUAAAAAAAACAACAAAGUCUGCCUAAAG